UUUCAUGGAUACAAACGAAUCUUCUUUGAACUUUACAUUCUCUGUUUGCUGCCUGAAUCAGUGGGCGCUUGAUUUUGCCGGCAAUACAAAAAGAAUCCGGCAGAGCAUCCUGAAAGCGAAGCAAGAGGGAAGUCGUUAUCGACUUGGCCCGGAACUGGAACUUUCCAGCUAUGGUUGUGAAGACCAUUUCCAUGAGGCUGAUACCUACAUUCAUUCUUGGGAGUGUCUAGCUGAAAUUCUAAAGUCUACAACUGAAGAUGCCGCAUAUAGAGACAUUGUUUGUGACAUUGGAAUGCCGGUGAUGUUCGACAAUACUCGCUUCAACUGUCGACUGAUCAUCCUCAAUGGCUGCAUCCUGCUUAUCAGGCCAAAAACUGUGCUUGCCGACGGUGGGCUACAUCGCGAACCUCGCUGGUUCUCCGCCUGGAAUCAUGUGGACAAAUUGCGUCAGUACCCACUUCCGGAAAUAAUAGCCACUGCGACACCGCAUAAACAGACCUCUGCUCCGUUUGGAUGUCCGCUUCUGCGUUUUUCGACACCUUCCUCUGGUCCUCUACUUGUUGGUCUGGAAACCUGCGAGGAGUUGUGGGUAGCGGCACCCCCACAUGUAGCCUACGCUCGAGCCGGUGCCGAUAUAGUGAUGAACGCCAGCGCAAGCCACCACGAACUGCGGAAGCUAGAAAAUCGCGUGCACCUUGUGCAAUCGGCGUCGACUAAGGGACUGUCCUACGCCUAUGCCAACCUCGUUGGUUGUGAUGCCGGUCGUGUCUGCUACGAUGGUGGUGCAAUAGUCGCUGUGAAUGGUUCAGUAAUUUGCCUAGACACCCGAUUUGGCCUGAAUGAGGUACAAACAACUGCAGUCACGAUCAAUAUUCAGGAUAUGCGGAAGUCGAGGCAGACUGACGCAUCACGACCGACCGAAGAAAUUGAGAUAAUUGACGUAUGUUACCUACUACCUUCUAGUUUUCUUCUUGUGUAUUUUGUCUUGGCUGUCAACUUUAGUUUAUUCACCCCCGUGGUCGGAGUUGUACCACUACCUCCUCCCUUUAUCCCACUUCAAUCGCCUGAAGAGGAGAUAGCCCUGGGUCCAGCGCUCUGGCUGUGGGACAUUCUGCGGCGCAGUGGUUCCGGUGGAUUCUUUCUCUGCCUUAGUGGUGGUCUGGACAGCUCAAGCGUCGCAUGCAUAGUGUUAAGUAUGUGCCAGCAGGUGUACAGGACGAUCGCCGCCGGUAAUGAGACUGCUCUCUCCGAUUGUCGCAGAAUCCUCAACGAACCCCUUUUCGGGCCGCAAUCGCCGCAUGAACUCUGCUCACGACUGUUAACUACCUGCUAUAUGCCCUCAUCUAACAGCUCAUCGGAGACCCAGAAUCGUGCUGCUGACCUGGCUAAGGCUCUGGGCAGCCAUCACUUGGAGGUUAACAUCAAUGACGUAGUGAAGAGCCUCCUGUCAGCCACACUUCACGGUCUGAACGAGUCACAGAGGCCGCUGUUCGACAGUGAGGGUGGGACGUUAACGGAGGACUUGGCCCUGCAGAACUUGCAGGCACGCAGUCGUCUCGUACUUAGCUACCUGAUGGCUCAACUUCUGCCCUGGUCCAAAAGCCACACGACUUCCUCUACUGUUGGCCGACCACCGCUGGUUCUAAGUAGCGCCAAUCUCGACGAGUACGACUGUUCCAGCGCUGACAUAAAUCCAAUCGGCAGUAUAAGCAAACAUGAUCUUCGGCGGUUCAUUAAAUUUGCCGCCACUCACCUGCUGAUCGAAAAUGAGACCACAGAGGACCUAAAGGAGGGAGAAGCCUCCCGUAGGGAUCUGCUGCAGAAGACCCUAUUGGACAUCCUCGCCGCUCCGCCCAGCGCUGAACUGCGACCCCUAAACGGUGCUACAACGUAUCAGACCGAUGAGCAGGAGAUUGGGCUCACCUAUGCCCAGCUCUCCCAACUGGGACAA